AUGGACAACAUGAUAUCGAAAUCUUACCACGGGUUUGUCAUACUACUCAAGAUCCUAAACAGCUCCCAUAAAGACUGGCAAAAUUCAGAGCUAACCUUCUUCAUGCCCCCUGAUCAGGAACUUUCUCAAGCUGCUAUCUCCCCCGAACGAAUACACGAUUUCGUUCUAAACCAUUCUAUCCCCACUGCAUUACUGCUCAACAAUCUUCUACACUUCCCGAACGGCAGCCUGGUUCCAUCAAGCAUCCCGAAUCGAAUGAUCAGGAUAACCAACUGCAGAAAGAUGAGCGUGUGUGUGAACGAUGCACGAAUCGUCACCCCAAACGUGUGCUUAAACUCAUCCAUAAGAUGUCAUGGUAUAAGCACGACUAUGACAUAUGACCGAACUUCCUUUUCAGACACUUCACCUGUGAAGCAGAGUUCGGCCGAAACUAUAGCUCAGCGAAACGAAAAGAAAGCGGAAAAGUACUUACAGUCGACAGCAAAGAAGAUGAACCGUCCCCUGCACUGA